AUGACGGGUUCUGCUACGCCGCCAUUUCCCAACACCCAAUCCCCGCAUCGGAGCAUCGGGCAUCAGAGCAUCAGGGAUGGUCGAACCCUCCAUCGCGAUGGCCAGGAUCCGAUAUCAGGGGUGUCGACCAAGAAAAGCUCUCAAUAUGGUGCAGUGGAACCAAAUUCUUUUGAACGGAAUACUCAACCUCGCUUCGGAGGAACAGUUUACUACCGUUUGUACACCAAAGACGGGCCCAUAAAAUCUCAGCAUCCGGUCUACUCUACCGAUCACGAGCCGUUCAUCGGUCGCACUCUUGCAAAACUUGUGGCACCUCCACAUACUACUGUGUCCAUUAAGAGGCACCUGUGCUACAUCGAAGGAUUCUUGUCUUCACUGGCAGACACAGCAAAGUUGUUCGUGCCUCUCUCCUGCUUAACCGCUAAAGACGACUCUGCACGGCUUUCGCUUGUGGGAUCAUCGGGACCAGGGUUAUCUCCACAGGAGCCAAUGGCGUUAGUUCUUGGGGGUCAGGAAAGAGCUCAGGGUGCUGUCCACCAAUUGCCUUUGGCAGAGCGGGAUAUUUCCGACUUUGGAAAAAAUCGCUAUAUCUACUAUCGCCCUUAUUCACUAGAGGGUGCGAUCAAGUCGAAAACAUGCUUCGAUGAAAGCGAUAUCUACUUGGGAUGCAUUGACACGGUUUCUGUUCCUCCUCCACACACCAUUGCCUCUUUGACGGCGUGUAUCGCCAGGAUAGAAGGCCUUGUCGUUCAAGAUACUAAAGAAAUCCAAAUCUUCAAGGAUGCCGCCAGCGAGGUCCCCAUGAGGACGGAUGCUACUCUAUCUCUCACUGAGGAUGCCUAUCUGGGAAAUGAUGAAGAUGAUCCCGUGGCAGUGGUUCAUACGCCCCAUCGCCUACAAAACACCGAUAUCACACUGGUUCCUGGACAUUGCGACCCUUCAUGGUUUUCAAUAAUGCCGACAAACACUCUCCGUCCAGACAAGAACAAUGGCAAGGAGUUUUACCUCCUGCCCAUCCACGAAACUAUAAGACUGGAAGCGCCAUUUAAGGCCAACGGAGUACUCAUAUUCCAAUCUGCUGCAAUGACGGCCUACACUUCAUUUGCUGACGUUAUCACAAGGGUCACAUCGUACAGAGCGUUGACUAUUUAG